ACUCAGAGGAGCAGACACCCCGGUGUUGAAAGAAGCGUCAAUGUGGCUCAAACACCUUCUGGUCUGCGUUUGAAGGAGGCUGCGGAGCUCCUCGGUGCUGAAAGGACAGCUCCUCUCACAUCUGCAGAGAUGUUCACCCGGAUGUUAAAACUGAGACUUCUCAAUGCUGUCGCCCCUGCAUACUUCUUCAUGGCUACAGCAGUCACCUUUAUUUUGCACUUUGGCUUCUUCAUCCCAACAAUCUUCCCAAACCCAGACACAUCACUGAGGAGCUCGACAAUGCUUCACACUGCUGUUUUCCUUUUCUUGAUGUUCAACGCUUUAGGAAACUACAUAAUGACUAUUAAAUAUCCUGCUGAAAGUGCCAACGAGACGGCGGUUCCCGUGUGCUCGCCGCACUGCUCGGACAAAGUGGACGCUCACUACCUCCUGAAUGGCCGUCACUUCUGCAAACUGUGCAAAAAAGUAAUUCUCAAGAGGGAUCACCACUGUUUUUUCACUGGAAACUGCAUCGGCAACAAGAACAUGCGCUACUUCAUCAUGUUCUGCAUCUACACGUCCUGCACGUGUUUGUACUCUUUGGUUCUUGGUGUGGCCUUUCUAACAGUGGAGUACUCCAUCUCCUUUGAGAACCCGCUGACCUUCUUGACUCUUCUCCCUCUCUCCGCUGGUUAUUUCUUCAUGGGAACCAUCUCAGGCUUGCAGUUGUUCCUGGUGCUGAUGCUGUAUGUGUGGCUGGGCAUCGGUCUGGUCUGUGCAGGUUUCUGCUGCCAGCAGGUGCUGCUGGUGGCCCGCGGACAGACCUGGUGUCAGCUGCAGAGAGGACAGCUUCAGGACAACCACAGCCCCUGGAGAGCCAACCUAAAGGAUGUUUUCGGUACCCGCUGGAUUCUAGGCCUUAUCCUGCCAGUGCAGACAGUGGAGACGUGCUCUGAUGACACGGAGGCACUUAAACAAGACUGAGUGAUAAUAAGUACAGGUCUCAAUAGGUCAAACAAGCAGCACAUGUUGUAGAAAACGCUUUCUUGGGAUCCACGUGGUGAUUGAUUUUAGAUAUAAAUGGAUGCUUUAUGACGUUUUAAAGUAGUCCGUGAGAUAGCUGGCUGUUAGCACACAUUCCAAUAAGGACAGGAGCCAUAGCUACAAGCAAUGUGAAAUAAGCGCAUAGUCUAAGUGUAUCCUUUAAGUAGCUUUUUAAAAGGCAAUAUUAAAGCAAAUAAGUUGGUCAUUUUGAACAUCUAGCAGUUUCACUAAACGCUUGCUUCAAAAUGUAAAGAUGGCUUUGCAUGCCCUUAGCAACUUUGCAGUUUUGUAUUAUUUGACAGCUUUGUGCCGUGCGGUGCUCUGAGAUUAUCAAAGUGCAUCGUUCUUCCACACUUCCGUAGAGGAUGCUACAGUGUGACAUUCAGGAAACCUAUGGUCAUUCUCGCUUUGACAUUAAGGGCUAUCAGACAAGGAAACAAGAGUUUGUCUUCAGCAUAAACUGCCGGUUUUGAUGACACUGUUUUGACAGUUCACUGUUCCAUGUUGAGCCUGAUGUUUUCUACCCCGACUAAUGUGACUCAGACAGUCUGAUUGAGGUACAGAAAUGUGGUCCUUUGUAAGAAUGGGUGGGUGGGUGGGGGAAUGUGAAGACGACAACCAUAUUAUUAUCCAGGGUAUCAUUCACAAUGUGCCAUAAAGUCUUACAUGCUUAUAGAUGACCCCAAAGAUGAGGUUUUCACUACACUGCUGACGAUAGGCCACUCUGUGUAAUAAUAGUAAGGACUUUUCACUGUUAUGCUGCAGCUACAGCUGCUGACAUACUAGAAAUCAUUUCAAAGAUGUUUUGGGUUUCAAUAAAUAUACUUUAUAGAGAUAUUUUGUCUAUUCCCGUUAUACCAAUAAAAGUAUUCAAACCACA